UUUUGAUAUUGUCCAUUGACGAACACUCUGCAUUGCCAGUGAUGUGCAUUGAUUGGUGUAAUAUUCCUCAUCUUAUGAUUUCAGAUGGUCUGCAAUGCUGACUGUGUGAUCAGCAAUGUUGUGGCAAAAUGGCCUGGCUCAGUCCAUGACUCCAGAAUCUUUCGGGCCUCUGAAAUCUAUCAGUGCCUAUCACAAGGUGAAUUCUCUGGUGUGUUGCUGGGAGACAGGGGGUAUGGCUGCCAGCCUUUUCUCCUGACACCUUUCACAGACCCCCAGGAAGCACAGCAGGCCUACAACCAUGCCCAUGCCAGGACCAGGGCCAGAGUUGAAAUGACCUUUGGCCUCCUGAAGGCACGCUUUCACUGCCUUCACAAAUUAAGGGUCAGCCCUGUUAGGGCAUGUGAUAUUACUGUGGCUUGUGCUGUCCUCCACAAUGUGGCCUGCCUGAGGAAGGAGAGGGCCCCCAGAGUGCCACCAGCCAUGGACUGGGACAAUCCGGCAAUCUUCCCUGAUGACGACAGUGGUCGGCUGCUGAGGGACCAAUAUGUGUUGAAUUAUUUUAGUUAGUAUGUGUGCUUUCAAUUUUGGUUAAAUAUGUCCUGCGGUGGCAGAGGAAUUUGGUUUUUUUGGGGUUUGUUUUUUUACGAAUUUGGCCUCUUAUGAUGUUUGUGCGGUAUACUGUGUGUAAUACAAGGCUGCAGGGAGGCUACUGCAUCCAUUCAUUUGUCUGUUCAGUUGAUGUGUAUGGAUUUGUCCUGCAUUUAUUUUAGUGUGCAGACAUGCAGGGUGUGUUAUAUACAGACCUUUGAAUGUGUAUGUAUCAUUUUGUAUAAUAUGCUUGGAUUCUGUGCUUUCCAUCUUGUAGAGUCACUGUGACUUCAGUUUCGAAAGGAGCUGACGGUUUACCUGCUUUGUUUUGUCCUUAUUCAAUAAAGGAACAUAAUGUUACACAUUGUGUUUUUAUAUUCA